AUGCAAUUAGCCAUUAUUCCUGGUGUUCUUUUAUUAAUUCUCUUAAUUCCAUUUAAUUUAUAUUUACAAAGAAUUAUAAAGAAGUUAACAACAAAACAAAUGAAAUUAAAAGAUCAACGAAUAAAAAUGAUGAAUGAAGUUCUUAAUGGAAUAAAGGUUUUAAAAUUAUAUGCAUGGGAAUUAGCAUUCAUUCGACGAAUAAAUGAUGUACGAGAAAAAGAACUUCAAUGUAUACGUCAAAAAGCUAUUCUAAAUGCUUUUUCAAGUGCAGUAUGGUCAUUUGCACCAAUUCUCGUAUGCAUUACAACAUUUGCUGCAUAUGUGUUAUCAUCAGAGAAUAAUAUUUUAACAGCUGAAAAAGCUUUUGUUUCAUUAGCAUUAUUUAAUUUACUUCGAUUUCCACUUGUUGUAUUUCCGAGUAUUGUUAAUAGUAUUAUUGAAGCUAAUGUAUCAAAUAAACGUAUACAAAAAUUUUUAAAUAAUGAAGAAAUUGAUGAAUAUGCGGUCAAUAAAACAACUAUUGAUGCUGAUGGUAAUGCAAUAAAGAUAGAGAACGGCUCAUUUCGAUGGUCAACCUCAAUUGAAGAUCCAAUCAUAUUAAAAAAUAUUAAUCUUAAAAUUCAUCAAGGUUCACUUAUUGCCAUUGUUGGAUCAGUUGGUUCAGGUAAAACAAGUAUAUUAUCAGUUUUACUUGGUGAAAUGAGUAAAAUUAAUGGUCAAGUCGAUGUUAGUGGAACAAUAGCUUAUGUACCACAAACAGCAUGGGUUUUAAAUGCAACACUGAAAGAAAAUAUUUUAUUUGGAAAAAUUUUUGAUCAAAAAUUAUAUGAUCAAGUUAUUGAAGCAUGUGCAUUAAAACCUGACUUUGAUAUAUUACCACACAGAGACGAAACAGAAAUCGGUGAGAAGGGUAUUAAUCUAUCCGGUGGACAAAGACAACGAGUUUCUUUAGCGCGAGCUUUAUAUAGUGAAGCAGAUAUUUAUUUACUUGAUGAUCCUUUAUCAGCUGUUGAUGCACAUGUUGGUGCUCAUAUAUUUAAACAAGCUAUUGGACCAAAUGGUUUACUAAAAACCAAAACUCGUCUUUUAGUAACACAUGGUAUAGCACAUUUACAUAAAUGUAAUGAAAUAGUUGUUGUUUCACGUGGUGAAAUCAUUGAUCAUGGACCAUAUGAUGAAUUAAUGAAUAAAAAAGCUAAAACUCCACCAACAUCUCCAAUUGAAAUCAAAGAAAAUAUCUUGAAAGUAGCCGAAGAUAAGAUUCACGAGGAAAUAACAACAGCUGAAAUAACUUCAUAUGAAUCAAAAGAAAAAAAAGAUAAACUUAUUCAAAAAGAAACUGUUGAAACUGGUUCAGUUAAAUUAAUUGUAUUUCUUACUUAUAUUCGUGCAUGUACAAUACCAAUGGUUUCAUUUAUAUUUGUCUUAUUUUUAUUAACAACAAUUUCAUCAUUAAGUACAAAUGUAUGGUUAUCAAGAUGGACAGAUCGAUCUAAAAAUGUAACAAUAUCAACUAAUGAAAGAUCAUCAUCAAUUAGUAAAAUACAUGGUUUAACAGUUUAUUCAAUAUUAGGUUUUUGUCAAGUUCUAUUUGAGUUCACAGGCACCUACGUAAUGUUUAAAACAAGUUUGAAUGCAUCGCGUAAAUUAUUUAAUAAAUUUCUUCUUAAUUUAUUUCGAUUAUCAUUAUCUUUUUUUGAACAAACACCUAUUGGUAGAAUAAUAAAUCGUUGUUCAACUGAUUUUGAUAUGAUUGAUAAUGAUAUGAUGUUUACAUUACGUUCAACGCUUAAUGCCACACUUGGUUUUAUUACUUGUUUUAUCCUUAUUGCUAAUUUUCUGCCUGAAACAAUACCAAUUAUGAUUAUAAUAUUUAUUCCAUUUAUUUUUCUUGAGGUUAACAAAAAAAAAAAAAUAAUUAAAUUAUAG